AUGCCUAACCAUUAUGACAAUGAUUGUCCUACUGCCCCAGUGCCAUGUUUUUACAGUGCCUUUGGGUGUCCAGAAAAGAUGCAAAGGAAUGAACUGGCACGACACAUGCAGGAGUUCACUCAGGUUCACAUGAGAAUGAUGGCUCAGAGUUUUCAAAAUAUCAGUGUUACUGCUACAAAUCCUGUACCCUUCAUCAAUGGCUUACCCUUUGAGCCUGCCCUCUUCUCACAUGUGUCACAUGCCACAUAUGAUUGUAAUCCAGAAGUUGAAAACUUCAAAGAAACUAUUCAGCAGUUGGAAGGUCGUCUGGUAAGACAAGAUCACCAAAUCAGAGAACUCAUUGCUAAAAUGGAGACUCAGAACACUCACAUGGCAGAACUCAAACGUACUAUCCGAAAUUUGGAGGGAAAGAUUACUGAAAUGGAAGCACAGCAAUGUAAUGGUAUUUAUAUCUGGAAGAUUGAGAACUUCAGCGGACUUCAGAAAGCCCAGGAAGAAGAGAGACCUGUUGUGAUGCACAGUCCUGGCUUCUAUACCGGAAAGCCUGGCUACAAGCUGUGUUUGCGCCUGCAUAUCCAGUUACCAAAUGCUCAGCGGUGUGCUAAUUUUAUUUCUCUGUUUGUCCACACUAUGCAAGGAGAAUAUGACAGCCAUCUGCCUUGGCCUUUCCAAGGCACUAUACGACUUUCUAUUUUGGAUCAGUCGGAAGGCCCUGACAGGCAGAAUCAUGAAGAAGUCAUGGAAGCCAAGCCAGAGUUACUAGCCUUCCAGAGACCAACAAUUCACCGCAAUCCAAAAGGGUUUGGUUAUGUGACUUUCAUGCACCUGCAAACCUUGAAACAAAGAACCUUUGUAAAGGAUGAUACGCUCCUGGUGCGCUGUGAAGUUCUAACACGUCUAGAUUUAAACAGUCUCCGCAGAGAGGGAUUUCAAGCUCGCAGUGCUGAUGGAGCUAUGUAGCUUGUAAGUCUUAACCAGAGAAGAGCCACUAGUCAUGUUCUUCCACC